GAAACGUUCCGGCCACGAGGCUCAUGGAGCUCUGGAGCAGGCUGCCAAGGGAGGUUGGGGGGUUAAGAACAGGUUGGACAAACGUCUGGCGGGGUGGCCGAGGGCUUCUUGCGUGCAGAGGUCUGCACUUGAAAUCCUUCCAGCCUUACGUUUCUCUGAUUCUGUGAAAGGCUUCAGAGUCCAGAGCACAUGGGACUGUUUCUAGGGCCUGGCCUGUAUGAGAAAACUUGCACCAGUGUAGCUUAGGAAAUACCUGUCUCUUGCAUGGCCCUUUUCAUCUCUAAGCACUUGACAAAAGAAGGCAGGAGCAUUGCCCCCACUUUAGAGAGGGGAAAUCGAGGCACAGAAAAGGGACUUGCCCAAGGUCACUGGGAGGCCAGUGUCAGAGCAGGAACCAAGCCUGGGUCUCCUGGAUCUGACCUUCAGGCUAUGUUGCUCCUCCCAACAAUUAAGUUUUGCCUAGUCACAGGUGCAAACCCCCAGCAGAGGCAGCCUUAAGCCAACAUACAGACUGUACUAGGUGGGUGGUGGACGUGUCUGUACUUGGGAUCUGCACCUCUGUGUUCAGAGAGAUUUUUAGUGUCACGCAUUUUCCUCCAUAGACCAGGCCUUGUCCCUGAAUGGGGAUCACCCCUGAGUCUCUUACUAGCAUUUGGAUUCCCCUGACACCUUGGAAACUCUGCAGGGGUUCGCCAUCCCUGGACUCUACAGAAAUCCACGUUCAGAGGCCCGGGGCCUAAGCCCCAUCCCUUGCGUGGGUUGCCAGGGAUCCAGGCCCCUUCCUUUUCUAGCUGCUGAGAAUGCAAGAUAAGAGCAGGUAGCAGCUGAGGCUCCCCCGGAUUGGGUUUUGGGAAAGGUCCAAGGCAGGGAUAGGCCACCUAGGCUAGUGAGCGGUCCUCCUGCCUCAGCAGGCUGCAGCGCCGUUGUACCAAGAUGGUCCCGGGACAGGGUAGUUUUGCUAAAAUGUCCAGGGCUGUGCAGCAACUGUGGCAGCGCUUCGGCUGCAGAGGGAGCGCACGGCUCUCGCAGUCCCCACUGUGUGCAAUCAGCAUGCACCUCAGCGGAGAAGCCCUGGCGGCGGGCGCUCUGCUGAUCAGCUGGGUGGCAUUGGACUCGUGAGCAGCCGCACAAGCGCCCGGCCUGCAGGGAACACUGGUGCCCCCACUGGUCUAAGGUAAAAUGCCCAGGCCCAUGCUAGAAUUGGUUAGAGCUCACCCUCCCUCUCCCCCCAUGCCUUCUGGGCUGAGCUCCCACACACAAAGCUGUGGCUGGAGGUAAUCACCCCAGAGUGGGAGCCCUGGGCAGUGAGGCUGCUGAGGGGCCCUUGAGGAGCCGGUGGAACUGCCUCGCCAGGUGCGCUGUGUGUCUAACUGACUUUGUUCUUUGUAACCCAGAGGAGAUUGCCAAGCACAAGGGACCCCCUGUCUUUACCCAGGGAGAGAGAUACAAGAUGGUGCAAGCUAUCAAGUGGGUGGAUGAGAUUGCUGCUGGAGCUCCCUACGUCACCACACUGGAAACCCUGGACAAGUAUAACUGUGACUUCUGUGUGCACGGCAAUGACAUCACGCUAACUGUGGACGGCAAGGACACCUACGAAGAGGUGAAGGCUGCUGGGAGAUACAGGGAAUGCAAACGCACCCAGGGCGUGUCCACCACUGACCUGGUGGGCCGCAUGCUGCUCAUGACCAAGGCUCAUCACAGCAACAUCGACGAGGACCUGGAUUACCGCAAGCACCAGGACAACUUUGGGAAGGGCCCUAAAGGUCACAGCCCCUGGACUGGCGUCUCGCAGUUCCUGCAGACUUCUCAAAAGAUCAUCCAGUUUGCGUCUGGGAAGGAGCCACAGCCGGGAGACACCAUCAUCUAUGUGGCCGGAGCCUUUGACCUGUUCCACAUUGGGCACGUGGAUUUCCUGGAGAAGGUGCACCUGCUGGCCGACAGACCCUACAUCAUUGCUGGGCUGCACUUUGAUCAGGAAGUGAAUCGCUACAAGGGGAAGAACUAUCCCAUCAUGAACAUCCAUGAGAGGACACUCAGCGUCCUGGCCUGCAGGUAUGUGUCCGAGGUUGUGAUUGGUGCCCCGUACGCAGUCACUGCCGACCUGCUGGAUCACUUCCGGGUGGAACGUGUGUGUCAUGGGCUGACGGAGGUGGUGCCGGACAAGGAUGGCUCCGAUCCAUACCAGGAGCCCAAGAGACGUGGCAUUUUCCAGCUGGUGGACAGUGGCAGCAACCUCACUACAGACCUGAUUGUGCAAAGAAUCAUUAAGAACAGGUUGGAGUUUGAAGCCAGGAACCAGAAGAAAGAAGCCAAGGAGCUGGCAGUGCUGGAGGCCAUGAAGAAAAUGGAGGAAGAGGGGCAUGAGAGGGGCCCGCAGAGCCAGGAGCACUGAACGCGGCUGUGGAGGGAAGAGCACAGCAGCUUCAGACCAGGCCUUUCUAGCGCCUGCCCCGAGGCCAGGACACUGCUGGUGGCCGCCCCGGGGCAUCUCCCUCCCUCCUCAAACCCUACUGCACAGAUUGCACAGAGAACCGGCUGGGAAGCUGCUCCCUCGCUGUCUCACUCAGCCCCCACUUCCUCCUUUCCCGGGGCGGGGCUCAGUUGCCCCUUUAAAAAGUUUUAAUUCUAACGACUGUUUUAACCUGUUGUGGUUUUGCCUUCUGAGGCGUGGGGGUGCCCUCCACAGGUUGUGCUGCCAGGCAGCUGCAGGCUUCACGCCUGCCUCGGGGCUUUCCUGCCCACCACAAUUUUACAAACUGUAGCAUUUGCUCCUGCCCAGCCCUUGGCCUGGGGCUCUGAGCCCACAGGACUUGCAGUGAGGGCUUGUGGGCGCUUGGCACCAGUGAGAAUCAUUAGCCAGUAGCAGCGUCCCUCGCAGCUGGUGCAGAGCAUCAGCUGCCGUCUGCAGGAGCCUCCGACCAAGGUCUGUGCUGAGCAGGUGCUGGGAACAGGCCAGUCCCUUCUGCCGGGCUCAGAGCUACUUGUGCUCUGGGGGUUUGGGUCAGACUGGAGAAGAUGCAGCCACAGCCCCGCAGAGCCGACUGCAUUGCCAGCAGCAGAGCGAGAAACGGGCUCGCCAGGGGGCCGCUAACUUUACUCACCGUGCUUUCCCUGGUCCCCUCUUCCGGCAGAGCAAGGGCCUUGGCCUCUGCUGGGGGCCUGCAGGAGCAUGGGGGCUGCUGUGCGGGCGCGCUGCAGGGCGCUGGUCCCGCCUUGCGGGGCAUUGGGCUGGGUGCACAGCCCUUCCCACCUGGCCAUUGUCCAUCUCCCGCUGUUGGGUGUUUGGUGGUGGUGUUAAUAAACUGUUGAGCUCUGGGU